AUGGCUCACAACGCCGCUGACCACAUUUCUCUCCCUCUCUACCUGUCCAAGGCUGCUCUCCCACCCGCCAACAUCGAUCCAGACCUGACUCCAAAGCGCGGUGCUUCCUGGCCGGACAGUGAAGGUUUCAGUCUAUCGAAGGGCAUGCACCGCCAGCUACAGCGGGUAGAAGAACUCCCUCUUCGUGAACUCGAACUGGCGGUCAAAUGCUUCCGUCCCGUCAUUGACAAAGUGAAGGUGGACCUCAAUGCUGUCACUUUGCCCGUUCCGGCCAUCAAGGAAUGGGACAAAGAGGCAAGAGCGAAGCUCGAUGUUACCGACGAAUGCUCUUUCCGCCACUACCUCCAGCGUUUCCCCUUCGAGACAGCCGCGGCCGCCGUUCGCGCGAUCGAUGGCGUGUCUACGCUCGACAACCGCUACGCCAAGUACCAUUUUGAGCGCUUCAAAUUCGCGGUCAUACCAAGCGGCGAAGACUUGCUCAAAUACUACCUCUUUGGCCCUCCGCUAGAGAGUCUCUUGUAUCCAAAUCGGUCUCCUGAGAUUGAACGUACAGUGACACCGGGCAUCGUGAUAAUCACGUUGCCGCCGUGGAUGUUCGGCCCCGAGGAUUUCGAAGAAUUUACUGCUUCUGGCGCGUACGAAGACGGAGCGAUUGAUCGGGACAACGCGAAACACCCUGGGUGGCUCAAUUCGACAAAGCUAGCCGCAGCACUCCACGACAUCUGCAGGCAGUACCACUAUAGACGUUUUGUUGUGACUACUUACAGUUAUUGGGCGUUCGGCACGUGGAGCCUAGACUGGUCCACUAUCCAAGUCACCAGCCCGAUAGUUGCGGAGAAGACCAAGGAAGUCACACUCAUCGAGAUGCUUGUCUUCUGGACUCAAUGUGCUCGCCAACGUGAUGCGUAUUGGAGUCUUGCACCGGACAUGCUGUAGCAGGUAAAGGUGAAGGAGGCCACUGAGUUGUGGACAAGGGGUAGCGGUCGAAGUACCGUAGAUGGUCGUCGGGACGUUGCGCAUGACAAAUUUAUAGCACUAUGGCCUUGUCUAUUGUUGGCUUGCGCAGCUUCACCUAUUGUGGUCGAGACAACAAUGCAUAGUCUACGUGC